AUGUUAACGACCACUACAACCUUUGCCUUGGCAUCCCACAAUGUGAAAGAAUUUGAGACGAGAUGGAUUGGUUGGGCUGGUGUAAAUGUCCCUGAUGAAAUUGGACAAAAGACAUUAAGAAAAGCUUUAGCAGAAAAGGUUGUAGAAAUGAAAGGUGUAUACCUGUAUUUCUUGAUGAAGAAACUGUUCAUCAACACUAUAAUGGAUAUUUUUGAUGCUUACAAGAGAGUAAACCAGAUGUUUUCCGACGUGGUUAAUGAACAUUAUGUGGAAGGGGAUGUGGUUUGGUGCCAUGAUUACCGUAACAUGAAAGUCGGUUGGUUUCUGCAUACCCCUUUUCCUUCUUCUGAAAUCCAUAGGACGCUGCCAUCUCGGACGGUUCUGCUCAGAUCCGUAGUUGCUGCUGAUUUAGUAGGCUUCCACACAUAUGACUAUGCAAGGCAUUUUGCUAGUGCUUGUACUCGUAUUGCUGGGCUGGAGGGAACACCUGAAGGAAUAGAGGACCACGGAAAGCUGACUCGUGUAGCCGCGUUCCCCAUGGGGAUUGAUUCUGAUAGGUUCAUUCGAGCUCUUGAACUCCCUCUAGUCCAAGAACACAUGAAAGAGCUGAAAGAGAGGUUCGCUGCCCGAAAGGAAGUAAUUGAUUUCUCACCGUCUUCUUUUCCCAGUAAUGGCGUUGAUCGAUUUGAUAUGAUCAAAGGACCACCACAGAAGGUUUUGGCAUUUGAAAAAUUCCUCGAGGAAAAUCCUCAUCGGCGUGAUAAGGUGGUUCUCCUGCAAAUUGCUGUCCCUACCAGGACUGAUGUUACUGAGUAUCAAAAGCUUACAAGCCAGGUCCAUGAGAUUGUUGGGCUCAUUAAUGGAAGAUUAGGAACUCUUACUGAUGUACCUAUACAUCAUCUGGUUCGGCUCCACCUUAUCAUCUUUAUAUUUGCCACUUUGAUAUGA